AUGUCAAGGCCGAAUAGUCCAAUCCUGGUAAUUGACACUUCGCACGGCGGAAACGAGGACGGCUGGACGCUGGUAGCGGACGAGCACAAGAUCGUGGAGGUUUUUUGUGCGGCGCUGAACGGGAACAACAAAGUCGUACACGAUGCAGCAAAGGAAGUGGGCAGGGAGAUGGAAUGCAACCCAUCCGGCGCGCGGGUAGACAACCUGACCCGUUUUGCGGUGUGGCAUUCGGGUCGAAUUCGGGAGACGGUCUGCCGGCGGGGUCUGGACGGUUUGGGGCAACGGCUGGGCUGGCCGCUGGCGGUACCUCAGAAGCUGCAGGAGACUGGCGGCCAGAAGCAGAGACCGCUUCUCUUCUGGGCGCCCGACAAGACACAUAUGCCGCGAAGAAGGUGUAUUAUCGGUGGGCAUGAAGCAGAUGCUGGCGGCAAGAGUCGGGCGGCGGCGGACGGUGGUGUUCUCUGCAAGGCAAUGCUCGAUGCAUACUCGGUAUCGCGGGCGAAUGGUUGUUCAGUACGUAUUCUUCAAGUGACAGAUGUGUCCGACGUGGUACGCCGAGCAUCGACGCACGAGGGCGGCGGCUCGUGUCGGAGAACAGGUGAUAAGGCGAACAUCAACUCAAUCGGGUCUUUGUGCGCGUGCGCCAGUGUCGCGUCUGUGUAUCGCGGGCCUCAAGAGCGAGGGUUCCCGACGCAACCCGGCCAGGAACUUGCCCAGAGGUGGUAUCCCCGGCAGCACCAGCCGAAGCUGAUGGUUUUGAACUAG